AUGGGUAACGGCACCUCUCGUGUUGUGGGAUGUUUCGUCCCCUUUAAUGGGAAGAGCGGGGUGGAUUUAGAGUUUCUCGAGCCACUAGACGAAGGAUUAGGCCAUUCCUUCUGUUAUGUUAGACCAUCCAUUUUCGAAUCUCCUGCCAUUACCCCUACAAACUCUGAGAGGUUUACGCUUGAUUCCAGCACUCUUGAUUCUGAAACUUUAAGUGGCUCCUUCAGACAUGACGCCCUAGAUGAUCCCUCAGCUUUACACAAAUCAACUAAGUUAUUCCCAGAAACCACAUUCAAGACAAUCUCAGGGGCUUCUGUCAGUGCUAAUGUGUCCACGGCUCGCACUGGCAACCAGACUGCCCUCUUUGCUACUGAUGUCCAAGAGCCUGCCGCAUCAUUUGAGAGCACCUCCUCAUUUUCUGCAAUUCCAUUGCAGCCUGCUCCUCAUGGCUCUGGUCCUUUGAAUGGCUUUAUGUCCGGGCCUCUUGAGAGAGGUUUUGCUUCCGGCCCUUUGGAAAGGGGUAGUGGUUUCAUGUCUGGGCCAAUCGAGAAGGGUGCAAUGUCUGGUCCUAUUGAUUCUACUGACAAAUCUACCUUCUCUGCACCGCUUGCACGCGGUCGUGGAAGACCAGGCUUCCAGCGUCUCAUGAGGAGUGUUAGCGGGCCGAUGAAAAACACCCUCUCUUGGACCUUCUCAAAACAUUCUGUGGGUUCUGGUUGGAUGCAACGGUUCUUCUUACACCCAGUGACUCAACUUGCCUGGAAUCCUAAGGAGCCAAAGUACCGGCCAGAGACUUCACGAAACUAUCUUGAAGGGGGGCCAUCUGAAGGGGAGUCUAGAAAUACUCACAACUUGCAAUGGGCUCACGGAAAGGCUGGUGAAGAUAGGGUUCAUGUUGUGCUUUCCGAAGAACAAGGGUGGUUGUUCAUUGGGAUAUACGAUGGAUUUAGUGGGCCAGAUGCACCAGAUUUUCUGAUGAGCAAGCUCUAUAGAGCUAUCGACAAAGAACUCGAGGGGUUGCUUUGGUAUUAUGAAGAUAAAUCUCCAAAUGAUCCGUUAAAGCCUGAACCUCUUAAAACUGGAAAUUCCAAGGCUGGUUCAGUGUCCAGCAAGGAAGUCCUUUCAAAUCUUUCUUCAAGCCAAGAAAUUUCUAGUAGUGUAAUAGAACCAUGCAAUCCAGGAAUUGUCAAGGGUCUGUCAUCUAGGUCUGAAAUAGUUGAGGAAAACAAUGAAGUUAGGAUGAGUAUUGAACAGCAUUUUCCUAAUUCAGAACAAGACAGCAUCUCAGGCACUGCUUCUGUUUCAGUUCCAGCUGGAAAUUUAACUGGUCAAGGCAGAAAAAGCAUGCGGCUUUAUGAGCUGCUUCAGAUGGAACCUUGGGAUGGAAAAGAUUAUGUGUCACCGUUAGAGCUUGAUAAGCAUAGAAAUGGUACAUGGGAUUGCCAGCCAGGUCUAGAUGCUUUGGAUACGCAAGAUGAAAAUUCAAAGUAUAGCUUUUUGAAUAAAAAGGGAGAUGGCUCUGGCCAUCGUGGUGAAGACCCCACUACUUCAGGAGGAGGUGGAGGUGCUGGUAUUGAAUCCAGUCAUCAAGAUGGCAUAGAUGUUCUUUCUGUUUCAGGACAGAGGCAGGGUGCGAGAAAGAGUUCAAUGAGCUCAAAGAUUAGGAAAAUGUACAGAAAGCAGAAGUCGUUGCGUAAGAAACUAUUUCCUUGGAGUUAUGAUUGGCACAGAGAAGAGGCUUGCGUCGAUGAUAAAAUGGGAGAGCCUUUGGGACCUAUUAGGAGAUGCAAAUCAGGAAUUGUUGAUCAUGCAGCAGUUUUAAGAGCAAUGUCUCGAGCACUUGAAUGGACUGAAGAGGCUUAUAUGGAAAUGGUGGAAAAGGCUCUUGACAAAAACGCAGAACUUGCUUUGAUGGGAUCAUGUGUUUUAGUGAUGCUAAUGAAGGAUCAAGAUGUGUAUGUCAUGAACCUUGGUGAUAGCCGUGUAGUUUUGGCACAAGAAAGACCAAAUGAUCGCCAUCCUAAUCCAAAUCUUGGAAAGGAUGAUGUGUGGCAUAGGAAUAAAUCCAGAGAGUCGUUAGUGCGUAUGGAGCUGGACAGGAUAUCAGAGGAGUCUCCGGUACAUAAUCAGAAUGGUCAAGUUAACAAGAUUAAUAAAAACAGAGAGAUAUCCAUAUGCAGAUUAAAGAUGAGGGCAGUUCAGCUUUCCACUGAUCACAGCACAAGUGUUGAGGAGGAAGUUUUCAGGAUAAAGGCAGAACAUCCUGAUGACAACCAAGCCAUAUUAAAUGAUCGAGUAAAGGGGCAAUUAAAGGUUACCCGAGCAUUUGGUGCUGGGUUUUUGAAGAAGCCAACAUGUAAUGAAGCUCUGCUAGAGAUGUUUCGAGUUGAUUAUGUGGGAAUUGCACCUUACGUUAGCUGCAUUCCUUUUGUUCUUCACCAUCGACUUUCGUCAAGUGACAGAUUUUUGGUACUGUCCUCUGAUGGACUCUACCAAUACUUCAGCAAUGAAGAGGUGGUUGCCCAUGUCACAUGGUUCAUGGAAAAUGUCCCGGAAGGCGAUCCUGCACAAUAUCUCAUUGCAGAGCUUCUCUUCCGUGCUGCGAAAAAGAAUGGAAUGGAUUUUUAUGAAUUGCUUGAUAUUCCUCAAGGAGAUCGACGGAAAUACCAUGAUGAUGUUUCUGUUAUGGUAGUUUCACUGGAGGGAAGAAUUUGGAGAUCAUCUGGAUAA